AUGACUUCCAGAGAGCCUCUGCAUGUGAAGACCCCCAUCCGCGGCAGCAUGUCCCUGUCCAAAGUGGCCGGCACCAGCGUCUAUCUCAAGAUGGAUAAUGCCCAGCCCUCAGGCUCCUUCAAGAUCCGGGGCAUCGGACACCUCUGCCAGAUGUGGGCUGAGCAAGGCUGUGAACAUUUCGUCUGUUCCUCAGCGGGCAAUGCGGGCAUGGCGGCCGCCUAUGCCGCCAGGACACUGGGCAUCCCUGCCACCAUCGUCGUGCCUAGCACCACACCUGCUCUCACCAUCGAGAGGCUCAAGAAUGAGGGCGCCAUGGUCCAGGUGGUGGGUGAGAUGUUGGAUGAGGCCUUUGAGCUGGCCAAGGCCCUGGUGAAGAACAAUCCAGGUUGGGUCUUCAUCCAUCCCUUUGAUGACCCCCUCAUCUGGGAAGGCCACACUUCCAUCGUGAAGGAGCUGAAGGAGACGCUGAGCGCAAAGCCGGGGGCCAUCGCGCUGUCGGUGGGUGGCGGGGGCCUGUUGUGCGGAGUGGUCCAGGGUCUGCAGGAGGUGGGCUGGGGGGAUGUGCCUGUCAUCGCCAUGGAGACCAUCGGAGCCCACAGCUUCCAUGCUGCCACAGCCGCCGGUGCGCUCGUCUCUCCUGGAACAUGCGUUGUUGCCAAGGCCCUGUGUGUGAAGACCGUGGGGGCUCAGGCCCUGAAGCUGUAUCAGGAGCACCCCAUUUUCUCGGAAGUUAUCUCGGACCAGGAGGCUGUGGCCGCCAUCGAAAAGUUUGUGGAUGACGAGAAGAUCCUCGUGGAGCCCGCCUGUGGGGCAGCCCUGGCAGCAGUCUACAGCCACGUGGUUCAGAAGCUGCAAGGAGAGGGGAAGCUCCAUGCCCCGCUGUCCUCCCUCGUGGUCAUCGUCUGCGGGGGCAGCAACAUCAGCCUGGCCCAGCUGCAGGCCCUCAAGAAACAGCUGGGCAUGAAGAACGGGCUGCCCAAGUGA